UCUUGGUGGGGACAGCUUCUGUUAUUUAAGACCGGUAGGAAUCAGCUGGUUUAUGAUUUUGAGGUAAAACGCACUUCAUUUGAACUAUCUACAGUUAUAGUUCUGCGCGUUGCUGUAGUAUAAACUUAUGUACAUAAACAUAAUACCUAACAAAUAACAAUAAUGAUGUGCACAUUAAUAAAAUAUGACGUGAAUAAUUCAAAUAAGCAACGUGUUAUAUUUUGUUAAGAUAAGGUGCAACAGUGCUAUUGUGAUACAUCCCGUGGCGUGUACCUGUUAACACAUUCAGUUACGCGCAAAUUUUAAGAAGGAUUUUCUAAUCUCGAAAGCAUGACAAUCAAAAUUUUCUCUUCUCCAAAAAAUAUCGAACAGACGAACGAGAACCAGAAAUGGACACAAGUUAUUGUUGUAACGACAGCAACGAUUCCAAUGAUUAUCUCCGGUGCCCUCCAAUCGUGGCCAUCUCCUUCGAUUCCGAAACUAAUGUCAAACGAAUCCCAUAUCCCCAUGACAUUCGAAGAAGCAUCUUACUUCGCCGUUAUCCACCCAAUUGCAAUAAUAAUUCUCUGUCCUUUUUGCGGAUUUCUACUGAACACACUGGGACGUAAAUGGUUCAUGGUUCUAGUGUUCGUUCCCCAAUUCGCAAGCUGGCUGCUGGUCGGAUUCAGCGUAAAUUCCAUAAUGCUUCACGCGGCUAGAGUUUUUGUUGGUUUCGGAGACGCCAUAAUAUUCAUCGCACUUCCAGUUUAUAUAGCAGAAAUAACGGAAAAAAGACUGAGAGGGCCUUUAGGUUGCGUUCUCAUGAUCAGUUUCUUUCUGGGCCAAAUCAUAAUGAACACGAUCGGAUACUACUUGUCCAUACGGACCGCUGCAUUUAUCAUGAGCAGUUUUUCGAUUAUCCAUUUAUUAUUAUUUGUGUGGAUGCCGGAAUCUCCUUACUGGUUGAUCGAAAAGAAUCGAUUGGAACAAGCCAAAAGGGAGCUCCAAAUCCUUCGGUGGAGGUCGAACGUUGACGAGGAGUUCUACGAAAUCGAACAAGCUGUAAAGAGACAAAUGUCUGAAAAGAGUUCUUACAAAGACAUAUUCGUUAGCAAGAGUAAUAGAAGAGCAUUCCUCAUAGCGUCAGUGGUGAGACUUGCACAACAAUUUUCCGGCAUAAACGCAUUCAUGACUUAUCUACAGUACAUCUUUCAAGAAGCUGGUGGUGACGUGCCAAGUCACGUCUCAUCUAUAAUUUCUAUGGCGUUGACGGCUGUCGGAGCUCUUAUAGCAUCCAGAUUUAUUGACAAGUUUGGCCGCAAGCCUCUCCUCAUGAUCUCAUGUUAUGGAUCGAUCAUCACCCUGUUGUCUCAAGCCGUCUACUUCUACAUCAGCGACAUUAUCGAUACGUCGGUAGUAAGUUGGUUACCGUUAGCAAUUAUGUUAGCUUACAUCAUGCUAUUUUCGGUGGGAUUCUGUAUAAUACCAACUUUACUUCUGGGUGAGUUAUUCUCAGCGAGCAUCAAAUCCAAAGCUGUUAUCCUGGUGAUGGUAAUAUUCGCGUGUGCCAUGAUGUCGUCGGCUAAAAUAUUCCAAGUACUUGCGGACAAUGUCGGAUUGUAUGCGCCAUUUCUGUUUUUCGCACUUUCGACGAUCUUUUUCACUAUCGUAGUUUCCUUCAUAUUUAUCGAAACAAAGAACAAAACGUUGGAAGAAAUCCAGCAGGAACUUAAGCGAAGCACAAGUUAAAAUUUGCCAUUUUCUGUUAUACCAAUCUGAACCUGGUAAAGGUGGAAUGAUAUAUGUAUAUGUGUAUAUGAUAAUAAAUAAAAAUUAUUUUCGUAAA